AUGUUCCAGGCGGUGACCUCGGUCCACAGGCACCAGUUUCAUUCCUGUGCUAGGCUCUCUUUGCACCUGAGCAGCACUGGGAUAGACCAAAAGGGUGUCCUGGCCAAUCGGGUAGCGGUGGUCACUGGGUCCACUGAGGGGAUCGGCUACGCCAUGGCGCGGCGCCUGGCCCAGGACGGGGCCCACGUGGUCAUCAGCAGUCGGAAGCAGCAGAACGUGGACCGGGCAGUGGCCGUGCUGCAGGGGGAGGGGCUGAGCGUGGCGGGCACCGUGUGCCACGUGGGGAAGGCUGAGGACCGGAAGCGGCUGGUGGCCACUGUCCUGGAGCACUAUGGGGGCCUGGACUUUCUGGUGUGCAAUGCAGGCGUCAACCCCCUGGUAGGAAGCACCCUGAAGGCCAGUGAGGAGGUGUGGGACAAGAUCCUGGACGUGAAUGUGAAGUCCCCGGCCCUGCUGCUGAGCCAGCUGCUGCCCCACAUGGAGAAGAGGGGGACAGGGGCAGUCGUCCUGGUCUCCUCCAUCGCAGCCUAUAUACCACAUGUGAAACUCGGCCCCUAUAACAUCAGUAAGACAGCCAUGCUGGGCCUCACCAGGACACUGUCACUGGAGCUAGCCCCCAAGGGUAUCCGGGUGAACUGCCUAGUUCCAGGAAUAAUAGAGACCAACUUCAGCAAACUGUUACACAAGGAUGAGGUUUUCUGGAACGAGUGCAAGAAAAAAUACCAGCUGAAGAGGAUUGGGCAGCCUGAGGACUGUGCCGGGAUUGUGUCCUUCCUGUUCUCUCCGGAUGCCAGCUACAUAACCGGCGAGAACAUUGUGGUGGCCGGCUUCUCCUCUCGGCUCUGACGGGGCUGAGGGGGCCCUGAGCUCUGGGUCUGGGCUUAGGAGCCUGGGGACUGGUGGGCUGGGAGAUCAUUAAGGUCAGGGGGGUAAAGUCUGAAGCUCUGCCAGACAAGCAAUCUAGGGGCUUGUUCAUGCCAGGCUUGAGUCAGGACCCCCCCAGUGUUCUCAUCUGUUGAUUCUGCUGUUGAUUCAGCUGCUGUGAUCCAACCAACAUGUGGGUUCUUGAUGUGGGGCUGUGGAGCCGACUGAGUUCAUGGGGCUGGCACUUUGGAGGAACCAUAAGGGACAGGAGCAGAGACUCAGGCCCAUGAAGGAUCCGGCUCCUUCUCUCUGCCACUUGUCCUCUAAACAUUUCUUUCCUAAAAUAAACCCCAAUUUCUCCUCAAGCCUGGAAACUCCUGGUAAGGGGAGAGCCAAGGGGAUUGAGGCUGAGGACAGGCCUCUCCUGUCUCCUGCCUUCUGCUGCCC